AGAAAAGAAACCUGAGAAAAACCUAUAUAGUAAAAACUCCAAUUGGAAUUCCGCAACGGUGGUGAUUGGUUUGCACAGAAACAAACAAACAAAAGACAAAAGUGUUGUCUUCUUCUUCUUCUUCUUCGUGUUCCUGUUGCUUUCACCGACGUAGCUUCCUUCAAAGUUUGUUUGGUGGGUCCCACCAUCUCCCACGGAUAUUAUUUCCCACUUGUUCAUCACAAAUAUUGACAAUGAUUGUUACUUAAAACCUUAUUUAUCUGUUUUGAAGAUUUUAACAAUAACUAAGAAACAAAACAACGUUAAUUUUAGAACAACAUGCAAGCUUGGGGGAGGUUAGGAGGUUACAUAAGACGUGGUGUUAGCAGUUUUUCCGGGCCGUUUCUUCCGUUUGGAGGGGCGGUUGAUAUAAUUGUUGUUCAGCAGAAAGAUGGGAGCUUUAAAUCAUCUCCUUGGUAUGUUAGAUUUGGGAAAUUUCAAAGGGUUAUGAAGGCGGCGAAAAGGGAAAAGGUUAAGGUUAGUGUUAGUGUUAAUGGGGUUGAAACUGAUUUUCAUAUGUGUUUGAAUCCUAAAGGGGAAGUUUUUUUUCUUCAUGCAAAUAACCAACUUGGGGAAGAAGAAUUGGAAGAACAAGAGGAAUGGGAAUUAGCCGAGGAAGAAGAUGAACUUAGAGGUAGUAAUAAGAGGCAAUUCAAGUCAAAAAGUGCAAAUUUUGGUUUAGAGGAUCGUGUUGUAGCUAUGAAUGAUUCUCGGAAUUCGAGAGUAAAUAGACUUGUAUUUGGGCCAAGGUCCGGUGGUGGUGAUGCAGAUUUGGUGGAGCGUGCUGAGGUUGCAGCCAAAUUGUUGGAUUUAAGGUGGUCUACAAAUCUCAGUUUUGAUGAACUUCCUCAUACAGAAAGAAAGAAAACUCGGGCAGUUAACUUGGACAAGGAGAAAGUCAAGUUUGAAUCCGGCGAGGUUUUGCAGACUGAGGGUGGAAAAACCGAGGUAGUGAUUAAGGGUGUUGAUCUAGAGAUACCGGUAAAGGAUUGCGGUAAUUGUGAUGUUGCGGAUUUUGGACGCAUAGCGAAGUUCCAAAAAUCUCGAACUGUCAAUAUUGGUCGAAGGGAUUGUUCUGUUAAGAAGGUUAGUGUAAAUACUCCAACGUCUGAACAACUGUCAUCCUUGAAUCUGAAGGAAGGGAGAAACACAAUAACCUUCUGUUUCUCUACACCUAUGAUGGGGAUGCGGCAGAUUGAUGCUCGGAUAUUUUUGUGGAAAUGGAAUACUCGUAUAGUGAUAUCAGAUGUGGAUGGGACUAUUACAAGGUCAGACGUUCUAGGUCAAUUCAUGCCUUUAGUUGGGAUUGAUUGGUCACAGACAGGAGUUGCUCAUUUAUUUUCAGAAAUCAAGGAAAAUGGCUACCAGUUACUUUUUCUCAGUGCUCGUGCAAUUUCUCAGGCAUAUCACACCAGACAAUUCCUAUCCAACCUUAACCAGGAUGGCAAAGUCUUACCAGAUGGUCCUGUUGUAAUUUCCCCUGACGGACUUUUUCCUUCUCUAUAUAGAGAAGUUAUCCGCAGGGCUCCUCACGAGUUCAAAAUUGCAUGUUUAGAGGACAUCAGGGCACUUUUUCCUCCUGAUUCAAAUCCGUUCUAUGCUGGUUUUGGAAAUAGAGACACUGAUGAAAUCAGUUACCUUAAGGUUGGAAUCGCUAAAGGAAAGAUAUUCAUAAUUAAUCCCAAGGGUGAGAUUUCUGUAAACCGACGUUGCUUAGACACAAAAUCAUACACUUCUCUUCAUGCUCUGGUGAAUGGAAUGUUCCCCCCUACAGACUCAUCUGAGCAGGAGGAUUUCAAUUCAUGGAAUUUCUGGAAGUUGCCCUCUUUCUAAUAAAUUAUAGUAGGGUUAUUUUUGGCAUUAAUUGCUCAAUCAUCUUUAUCUGGUGCGGGUGGAAGCAUGCUGUGCUGUUCCUUGUAGAAAUAUAUAGGUAACGUGUUGCUACGCCCCAUGACAAGAGCAACAUUCUGAUGUUAACUUGUGCUGGUGGAUUGGUUUAUUGGCAAUUUAAAUUACAUUACAAGAAUAGGGAGUUCAUGGAAGUCCAAGAUAAAUUUUGCCUGCAUAUUCCUUCAACAUUAGAGCUUCUUUUUUUGAUACAAACAUUAGAGCUUCUUCCUGAAGCUUGAUGCUGUGAAUAUUAGAUACAAUAUAACCUUUAGUUUUAGUUUUUUUUUUUCUUUCUUUUCACCAUGUAGUUUGUUUACCAUGAAGAAUAUUUAGACAAGUUCAGUUGCACAGGAUAUUAAUGGGUAUGAGUAUGACCACAAAAAUCUAUUGAUGAGAUUUCCACAAAUUUAACAUCACCUCAUGAUACCAAUGAGUUCCAAGCUCUGUAUAAAUGUAUCUAAUCUUGAAUGUCACUUCACUGCUCUUCAGUUUCAUUUUGCCAACAUGUAAAAAUGCAUCUGCUCCUAUUCUUUAAA